AUGAUGGCAGUUUAUGCCGCUCAUUUGACACGUACACUUCAAGGGACCCCGUCAGUUUUUCAAAUAACUGCUCAAGAGGCUUUGGGGACAACGAUUAAACCGGCACUUAAAAAGCUUGUGGAGUACUUAGCUGCUGUUUAUCCUAACAAAUGUGGAUUGCUUGAAAGAUGGUAUGACGAGUUAUACUUGCUGUUAGAUAUCUGUCUACAAUAUCAUUAUUUAAAGCACUAUGCUGCUUCAUUCGCAGAGUGUUUCUAUGGUCUUUUGAGGGUACCUAUAAAUCCCAGUGACGAAUUUAAUUCAGGAACUAGAUUAUCAGAAUUCUUAGAGAAGGGAUCUCUGAUACUCCUUGUGCUUGUGCCAUAUAUCAAAGACAAAGUUGAACAGCUUGUUGAGAAAUGGAGAGAAGACAAUGAAGAUGGGAGACUUGGCAAGAGCACAAGUGAUAAAGCGCGUAAGGCGGCAAUCAAGCUGUAUGCGAUUAUACAUUUCACACUGGAAACUGCGAAACUUGUACAAUUAGCCCGCUACUUAACUGGUCGAACACUAUCUCCAUCACUGGAAUUGGCUUUACUCGGCCUAACAGUGAAGGAUGCCCCUCCUUCGAAAGCUGAGGAGUUCACAUGGUCAGAUCUAUACAAAAGUCUUUGGGCUGGACAAAUCAGCGACGCACCUUUAUCAUUCCCACUGGUGGGCCGUGGGCUAUUAAAUGCGUUCCAGUACGGCGCGUUCGCGGUGCAGCUUCUGCGUUGGUGGGAGGCCCGUGCAUCUCCACUUACGACGCUACCAGUGCCCACACCGCCGCAGAAAAAUGAUCUGGAAACAAGGUGGAAGAACAAAUGCCCAGUCUGCCUGCAGCCCUGGAAGGUGCCCACUGUUCUACCCGUUUCUGGGUUCGUGUUCUGCUACGGUUGCAUUUCAAAGCAUUUAAGUGCGAACGGUACCUGCCCAGUAACCAGACUACCUACCUCAGAGCGAACACUGGUUCGGCUAUACCUUGGC